AUGGAUCAAUGGGUUGAGACGUCCUUAAAAAAUCGACUACAUAAAACCUGUAAGAUUAAAGGGUUAAAGCAAGUAGCAUUGGCUGGCCAGUGCACGAUCUGUGAGAAUUGUCAUUUGAAUGCGCAAUUCAAUCCAAUAAAGGUUGGGAAAUGCUGUUUUCUUGAGCCGUUUGUGACAAUUGACUCUUCGAAAGCUGAAGUGAGAUUAGGGUCCUACACACGAAUCGGCUCCAGAAGUAUCAUUCGAUCGGGCGCAACAGUAGGUAGCAGAGUGGAUAUAGGGUCCGGAUGUAUUUUGGAACCCGGAUGUGUUAUCAGAGACUGCUGUGUAAUUGAAGACCACGUUAGAAUUCCAGCAAACUACUUAGUACCUCCCUUUACGAGGUUGACCAAAGAAACCGACAUCCUGAGAGAGUACGAAUUGUCUCCAAGUUAUAGGCAAAUCAAUGAGGACAAACUUCGUAUUUUGCAAGCGGUUGGUGUCAGGGUAGAAAAUAAUAGAAAUUGA